GGAACGAUGGAAUAACGAAACAAGAAUCUAGGAACAUGGAACAUGUGUAGGAAUAUGUAUCCGGUCUGUGUGAGUUUCCCGUGCCCUCUCACCUUAAUCUCACGUCUGUCAAACGGUCGUGAAUUUUCAGAAGAUGUGAGACUUCGGGAAGUGGGCACACCAAGAAGAUUGCAUCACGAACAUUCGCAUGAUGCCUUGACGUUUAAAAUAUAUUACGACUUCCGAUGCUCCGAUUUAUUUGUGGUAACGACAAGAAGGAAUCUGUCGGUAAAGGGAGCGAAAUAAUCAGUUCAUACAGCAAUGGCCACGACAGAAGGAGUCACGAUAGAGGAGCUCAGGAUUGAAAUCGAAAGACUUUCACGCGAAUUAGAUUUAGCUUCUACAGAAAAAAUUCAAUCUGCUCAAUACGGUCUUGCUUUGCUCGAAGAGAAGUCUGCCUUACAACAAAGAUGCAACGAUCUCGAGGCCCUCUACGAAAACACGAAACACGAGUUAGAAAUCACGCAAGAGGCUUUAGCAAAAUUUCAGACUACCACAAAAUUAACUACAAAAAGUGGUAUUGAACAAGAAGAGACUCUUCUUAAUGAAAGUGCUGCAAGAGAAACAUCUCUUCAGACACAAAUUAUUGAAUUAGAAAAUGAAACAAAACAAUUACGUCAUGAAUUAGAGCGUGUACAAGCAGAACGUGAUCAUGCAUUACAAGAACGAGAGGAAGUUGGAAAAGAUCAUCAACAAGCAGAAACAGAAAGAAAAUCCUUACGUACUAUGUUACGUGAAUGUAGAUUUCGUGAAGCUCGACUUUUACAAGAUUAUUCAGAAUUGGAAGAUGAAAAUAUUUCAUUACAGAAACAAGUAUCUGGUUUACGAUCCAGUCAAGUAGAAUUUGAAGGUGCUAAACACGAAAUAAGAAGAUUAACAGAAGAAGUGGAACUUUUAAAUAGUCAAGUUGAAGAAUUAACAAAUUUAAAAAAAAUUGCUGAAAAGCAAAUGGAAGAAGCACUCGAAUCUUUACAAGCUGAACGGGAAGCAAAGUAUGCUCUUAAAAAAGAAUUGGAUCAAAGAAUUAAUAGUGAAUCAAUUUAUAAUCUUAGUAAUCUUGCACUUUCAAUUCGAGGAAUUACAGAAGAUCAAACUAUAUGUAGUGAUGGAGAAGAUGAUUCUCCUGCAUUACGUAGAAUUGAAGCAGAUUUAAAAACUCAAGAACCAGGUACUUCUGCUACUGAUAAACAAGUUGAUUUAUUCUCUGAGAUUCAUUUAAAUGAAUUGAAAAAGUUAGAAAAACAAUUAGAAUUAGCAGAAUCUGAAAAAGCUCAUCUUACACAAAAUUUACGAGAAUCGCAAUAUGCGGUUGAAAAAAGUCAAAAUGAAUUACAAUCCUUUGUUGCACGUAUAGUGCAAUUAGCAGCUCAUGUGCAAUCAUUGCAUCAUCUUCAUUCAAAGUUACCUGAGAAACAAACUGAAGAACCAACAUUAGAUAAAUUGAAUCAGGCAAUUAUGCAAUAUCAUCAAUGGAGUACUAUGUCUGCACGUGAAGUGAAUCAACUUCAAAAGGAUUUAGCUGAAUUAGAAAAUGGUUUAACUAUAUCUGAUUCAACUCAACAACUACGAACAGAAUUAACAAAUCUUAGAAACAAGCUUUUAGAUACAGAACAAAGAAGUAUACAACUUGAAUCCGAUAUUUCUAUCCUUUCAAAACUUGCAGUAGAAGCCGGUGGUUUUCUGGAUUCUGCACAAAAUGAUUUACAAAAUAUCUCUGAUGAACUUGCACAACUUUAUCAUCAUGUUUGUACAGUUAACGGAGAAAUUCCUUCGAGAGUAGUUCUCGAUCAUGAAAAAAUUGUUCCCGAAAAAGAGGAAGAAAAUGGAAAAAUAGAAUGGUGUCGGACUUUAUUUAAAACCGAUAUUCAAAUUAAAGAUUUAGAAAGUUUGAGUAAAGCGAAAGAAAUUGCGAAACAUAUAGAAACCGCGAUAGAUCAAAUAAAACAUCUUCGAAGUGCUGUAGAGCAUACGAUUGAACUUUCCAAAGUUAAAGGAAUGCAAUCAAAUGUCUGCAAUGUUUGUGAAGGAUCAGUGAAUGAAAAUAAGGUGGAAGUAGCAGAUUUACAAGAACAAGUAAUUAGAUUGAAGGCCUUGCUCUCGGCUAAACGCGAGCAAAUUGCAACUUUAAGAACAGUGCUUAAAUCGAAUAAAAAUACUGCGGAAGUAGCACUUACAAACUUGAAGAGCAAGUAUGAAAACGAAAAAAGCAUCGUUAAUGAAACCAUGUUAAAACUAAGAAAUGAACUUAGGAUGUUAAAAGAAAAUGCUGCAACAUUUUCAAGUUUACGUGCGAUGUUUGCUGCACGUUGCGAAGAAUACGUAACACAAGUUGACGAGCUGCAACGUCAAUUAGCCGCAGCAGAAGAUGAUAGAAAAACAUUGAACUCACUAUUAAGAUUAGCGGUGCAACAAAAACUCGUUUUAACUAUGAAAUUGGAAGAGCUAGAGGUCGAUAGAGAAUUACGAAAUACUCGAAGACAUGCUACUAGUACAAGUGGCCGAGGUAGAAUGCGAAUGUCGCAACAGACAAACCGUCCUCAUUUAGGCAGAGAAUUUUUCUAGAAAAUGAUGAAGAUGUGGAGCAAACUAUUCUGAGAAAAACAAGAAUUUUAAAUAUUUUAAUCUAUUACUAUUCAUUAUUGAAUUAUAUUGCUACAAAAAAUUAAUUAUAACUUUUGAAAUUACUUUUUAUAAAAAUAACAAAAAUACUUUAGCAUUAUAUUUUUAUCGGCUAAUUUGUUGCCGACAAAAAAUAAACUCGUGAUAUAAUACAAUAUUUUUAUAUUAUAUUACGAGUUUAUUUUUUUACAAUUUGAUUUUAUUUGAUAAAGUUGAAAACUGAAGUUGAAAAAAAUUGUUCUCGUUAUAAAGAACAAUGUUACAAAGGACAAGAAGCAGAACAUUUGGAAAAUUCUGAAAUGUUCAUAUGUUCUUGUAUUGAUGUUGCUCCAUAUCGUAGAAAUUCAUAGAAAACUCUGUCUUCUGUUACCAAUAUUGUUAGUAAAGAUGUCUAACAAACAUAGAAUGUGUUUUUGUUAUGCAAAAUUUUUAUUUCAUGCGACAUUGUUGCAAAGUUGCUAAAAUUUUCUGUGUUUGAAGAUUUAUUCAAAGAAUCGAUCAAAGAUUCUUGUGAAUAGCACGCUUAUUGAUAUUUAAUAAAAUUGAUUUUUAUAAUCGAUUAUUUUCUUUUGUGAGAAAAUAUAUCUGAAUUGUAAAUGUGUUUAUUUUACAUUUUAACAAUCGCAUAUUUUCAUUUUGUAGCUAGAUUUAUUUUCGGUAUGAUAGAGUAUUAUUAUUUUUAUUAUAUCGUAAAUAAUUUCGCAUGAAUAAUUUAUAUAAUUACAUAGUAAUUAUGAUGACACAUCAAUUUUUUUGUAUUAAUGAGAUGCAUGAUAAAAUGAACAUAUACUGUUUUUAGGUAGACAAACGAAAGGAAAAACGAGAACUUUACAUUGCAUACCAUAGAGACAAUAUUAUUAUGUGCGACUGUAGCAUUUAUAAUCAAAGUAGAACAAAAAACAUAAUAGAUGUAUAGAAUUGAGAAAAAAGACAUAUAGAAUAGUAAAAUAACAGAAUUAGGGACCCAUUUUCCAAAUAGUCUGGAUUAUCAAUCUGGUUUGAUUGUGACAAAGAAAUAUUUUAUUGCUUGCAUAAAAAUAUUAUUUUAUUUUAUUUAUUAUUUUUCUUACAGUCAGUUUUGUUUUUUAAUGUCUCUGGUACAAUGGCAUUUUAACUCGUUUUUGCUAGAUUAUUAUAUAAUAAUCAUGAUUUUAGUAUUUUUUAAGAAAAUAUUUUUUAUAGUAUUUUAUAGAACUUGGCCUAAAUAGGCUUUAAAUCAAUUUUAUCUAAUUUGGCAGCUUUUUUUUUAUAUCUAUUAGUGAUAUUAUUGCAUUCACUUCAGAUUUAUUUAGUAAUUGUUGUUAAUUUAUAUCUAUUUAUAUAUUUUAACCGUUCAUUUUUUAAGUUAUAAUUGUGCUUUUUGAUAUUGAUCAAUGCAUAAUAAUUGUUUUUAAUAAUAAACAUUUUUUAAUAUUCAACGAUAUUAUUGUGCGAGACAACAAAUUGAUUAUAUAACUAUAAUUAACUACAUUAACUAUAUUAACUAUAAUUUGGGAUUAUAUGUAUUUAUAAAUAUAUAUAUUGCUCUUUCUGUUUUUUAAAUUUCAUAUAUAUUUUUAGCCAUCUUGCAUAAUCAAAUUAAUAUUAUUAGCGAAAUUUUAUAACUUAUUUAUACUUUUUUGUAUACAUAAAAAUAACUUUGUAUACAUAAUAACAUAAUAAUAAAAUCAAUAAAGAAUUAUAAAUAAAUUUUUUUAAUUACAAAUCAAAUAAUCGUUCUAUUCAAUAUUAAAUUUAAGAAUUGUAAAAACUGUUUAUGCAACAAAAAUUAUAUAUACAUAUAUAUAAUUUGAUAUUAUAUUUUACUUCAUUUAAUAAUAUUAAAAUUAAUAACUUUUCAUGCAAGAAGGCUUUAAUGAUUUGUAUAUUUGUUGAUAUAAAAUUGGAUUACGGUAAUUUUCAAUAUAUAUAUAUAUUAUAUUCCUUACAUUUCAUUUACGAGUGUAAAAUAAACGGAAAAAGUAAAAGAGCAUAUAUAUAAUAGUAUAAAGAUUAAUUUCAAAACGAAAUUUUAAUUUUGAAAAAAAAAUAUUUUAUUGGUAUCUAAUGUCUCUACGAGAUUUAGCACCUCUACAAUUAAAUCGAAAUUUUAAUCAACUGUUGAAGCGCACGCGAGCAUGUGUGUGAAUGCUUGUAUCUUCGUAGAGAUAUGUAUAUGAUACAUUAUGCAGGAUGUAAUUUUAUACAAUUUUACAAUUUUUAGCAAGAUAGAAAUGAUUUGUUUAAAAUUUUUUAUUUUAAUUUUAUAAAGAGAAGAAAAUAUUUAUUAUAUAUAUUUAUAUUUUUACAUUUUUAUUACAUUUAAUAUUUAUUUUAAAUCAUUAUAAAAUUUUAAUAUAUCCUGCAUAUGUAUGUAAUAUUAUACGUUUAUUAUACUGUCUUUAAUCAAAUUUGUUAUUAGCAUUAUUAAUAGUAUUAUAUUUAUUAUUAUUAUUAUUAUUAUUAUUAUUAUUGUUAUUAUUAUUAUUAUGAUUACUACUACUACUAUUACUAUUACUACUAUUACUACUAAUAUUAUUAUUAUUAUCAAUAUUACAAUUUUAUAUUGAUUAUUGCGAUAUUGCUGCCAGCUUCGUCGCGAAAUUCAAAUGAGUACCUAAAGAUAAUUUAUCCAUCGUUCAUUGAUUAUCAAUCAAUUGUCACUAUUAUUAUAUUUAUAUUUUAUGGUUAUUGUAUUGCCUGUGUCUACAAUUUUAAUCCAAAAAACGAGAAAUCUUUAUUUAUGUUUUGUUUCAAUUUAGUUAAUAUUAGCUAAUAAUCAGUGAAAUAAAAUUUAAAUAUUA